AUGGCCAUGACAAAAGAGAACUGGACAGCACCACCUGAUGGUGCAUGCGUCAACUGUCGUGCCCGCAAAGUUCGUUGCGGCCGCGAACGGCCUCGUUGUGGAAACUGCCGUCGCGAUGGAGCUGAAUGUGCCUACUCGUCACCCCCGAAACGUGUGAACCAUAUCAAAGUACUAUGCCAGAACUUUGAGGACAUACAGUCGCGUCUAAUUAUGGUCCAAGAGGACCUAUCGGUCCUGACGACCAUGUUCAAGCAGACCAACAUUGCUACCGGACUACAAACCAAUCCUCCAAAUCCGAAUUCCCAGGACCGAGGCCUCCAUUCAAAAGGGACGGAUAGCGACUGCAGUGAUGACACUGACGGAAACAGAGCGGGACAUAUUUUCCGGGACGCUGACACUCUGAUCGAACAGUAUCACGGCAUGUGGACACUAGUUUCGCAAUGCCACGAUUUCGCUGCCGAUGCGAAGUUUAGCAUGCUAGCUAACGGCGAUGAAACAAUCAAUAAGACCAUUGAGAGCUACGUCAACAAACUCACACAAGACACAGUGGUUGAAGAAUCUGCAGACGUGGGCAAGGUGGCGGUAGACGAGGCUGUUAGGUUGCCAUCGAAGCAAUUCCUCACCGCGAUUCUUGACACCUUUUUUAAGCUUGUCGAUCACACUACAGAUAUUUCCGAGCCCCAGAUAACUUACAGAGCAUUGGAGCGCGUUUACAAAGAGCCAUUAGGACCUUCGUCUGAGCCUUGGGCCAUAUAUUUCAAUCUCAUAAUCCUAGUCGUCCUGGGCGCUGAGAGUCCAAAUCUCAUCGACGACCCAUUUAUUCGCCCUGCUCUACAGGCAUCGCAAGUUGCAAUUAAGAAGUCAAGCUUAUUUCUGGGACCGAAGCUCAUUAACGUACAGACCCUAGCUCUACUGAGCCUCCUUGCCUAUCAUUGCCAGAACGAGGACCUCGGUAACAGACUAUUCAUGCAAGCCUGCAUCCUGGCCAAAGCCAUGGGACUGGAUCAGUCCAUGCAUGGCCUUCAGGCGUCCGGCCUGUCAGAGAUCGAAGCAGCAGAGAGAAGGAAGGUGUACGAAUCCCUUUUCAUCCGCGACCAGUGUGCGGCGAUUACGCGAGGGACAAUAAGCUGGUUGCCGAACAGUAGCAACAAUACGUCCUCAGUCAGCCUGCGGGAUGUGAAGUCUUGUUCCAGCUCAAAUUACCAAUCACGUUAUAACCUCGCUCGAACACAGAGUGAGAUGUCAUCAGUCCUUAGUCCCGGGGCUUCCAGGAGUAACAAUCAGCGUGCUGCUCUCUCUGAACUACAAGAUCGGCUGAUGGUUUGGUCACAAGAGAUUGGCGUGCCAUCUGCCACGCCUCCAUCAACGAUGGAGAAUGUGUCCAUACACUUGGCUUUCCUAAGCACGCGCAUCCGGCUAAACCAGGCCAUAUAUGGCUACGAUUCUACGGUUGCCAACCAACUCUUGCACGACUCUCGUUUAUGCUGCUUACUACUUGUAGCAUCUUGCUGCAGACCAGUUACUGAUGACCUUUUGCGGAGACUCCACUGCCUUCUCAGAGAACAGACAUCUACAACAUCGCCAGCGGAAAGGCAAGCACCCUUAUUCGCAUCACCAUCGUCGUCGCAGUCAUCGUCAUCGCCGUCAUCCCCACCGGCAUCACCACUUCUAGCAGCCGCCGAUAUUGCUAGCAUCCUUCCUCACUCUCCGCCAGGUCCCACUCUCUCUAUUCACAAACUAUGGGCAUCUUUUCCUCCUUCUGCAGUGUUCAUCUUGUCUAGGAAUUUAAUGCAGAUUCGUCUAGUUCCUUCUUCGACCGGACAUUCCGACCCGCCGAAAUAUCAACCCAAGGACAACCAACAGAGUGUGGACGCGCGCGAAGACCUCCUUUUACUCGAUGCCUUGAGACAGAUUACGCAACCAGUGGGUGCCACCGCAAAUUUUCAGUUGUCAUGCAGCACCAAUAAGCUGGGGAGCGUGCUACAGGACGUUGUAGAGCUGCUAAUCGCCGUGACCCAACCUCGAGCCAACUUGAUGGAUACUCUUACUCCCAUGUCGUUUCUGCUACAAGAGCCCUCGCAAAUAUUUGACAUUGAAAGUUUCGAAGCAUACGGCCUGCCAAAUGCGGAGACGUCGGGGCUUCCUUGGCCAGUUUCAAGUGCGCCGGAUAUAGGGUCGACGUCUGAAUCUGGAUAUUCCUCAGCCGCAUCCAAGUGUGUUUGGGAUAAACAGGUCGAGCUACCACAGUUCUCAGAUCAGUUUCCAAUGGAAGGCUUGUCUUGGCCGAUAAAAUUUAGCGAUGAUGUUGCCGAGGAGCGUCAGGAAUCCAGAUCUGGAGGUAUGGGAGACCAAGUAUCCAGUAGGAGUAAGAAAAGACAGAGAGGGUCGGCAAGCCGUAGCAACUCGAGUGGCUACAGAUCUGAUAGCAGACGUAGUGACUAA